AUGGAUCCGAAUAAUAAUCGAUUGCACUUGAACUUUGGCUUCAACAACAAUAACAAUGAUAGAAACUACAAUGCGGCCAACAACCGUGUCUACCCCACAACGCCCUCCGCAUUCCCGCAACCUAUAUACCAGGGACAGGACUUCAUGGAUCCUCAUGGAGCGCAGAACACCGGUUAUGGUCAAGGAUAUUUUGUGAAUGGUCAAUAUGCGCAGCAGGCUCAUUACCCCAUGCAACAGCAGCAGUAUGCCCAACACAACCUCCCGUCUCCUCAGCCCGCCUACGGAGCUCGUGCCUACAACAACGACGGCACAAAUGGAUUGAUUCAACAGUUCUCGAACCAAGACUUGAGUGCAUCGCCUCGACCAGGAUUGUCUCCGCGAGCUGCUUCUCCUGCGCAGCGACCUCGGACCGCUGGCUCGACCGGACCGCAACAACAUGGUGGACACUUGGCUCCCGGAAUUGCUAAUCGCAGCUCAAAGCCACCUGGUGAAGAAGAGGAGCUUCAGAGAUAUCCGGAGCGGUAUUCGGAGAACGUUCAUAAGCGUGGAAAGGCUGCUAAGGAGCUGAUCAAUGUAUUCUUCCAAGAGAACAUCGAGCGUGCCCGUGAACGCAAUAUGCGAUCCGUCAAUCUUGACAAGUUGGUGCAGGCCCAUAGCAUGCCGGAGGCGAAGAGACGCUCAGAAGCGGAAGCUCUAGCGAAGAAAGAGUCGAACUUUCUGCGUUUCCUCCGUACCAGGGAAAGCCCAUCGAACUUCCAGACAAUCAAAAUUAUUGGAAAGGGUGCAUUCGGUGAAGUCAAGCUCGUGCAGCGGAAGAGUGACGGCAAGAUUUACGCUCUCAAGUCAUUAAUCAAGACAGAGAUGUUCAAGAAAGACCAGUUGGCCCACGUUCGCGCUGAGCGUGAUAUUCUUGCAGACUCCAAGGAUAAUCCUUGGUUGGUCAAGCUUCAUGCUUCGUUUCAAGACAGUGCCUACCUUUAUUUGCUGAUGGAGUUCUUACCUGGUGGUGAUCUUAUGACAAUGCUUAUUAAAUAUGAGAUUUUCUCGGAAGACAUUACGCGUUUUUACAUGGCCGAGAUUGUCAUGGCCAUUGAAGCGGUGCACAAAUUGGGUUUCCUUCAUCGUGAUAUUAAACCUGACAACAUUCUGCUGGACCGAGGCGGUCAUAUCAAACUCACAGAUUUUGGAUUAUCUACCGGUGGCAAGAAGACACACGAUAAUGCAUACUAUCAGAACUUGUUAAAGAAUUCAACGUCCAAAGAUAAGAAUCGAAACUCUGGCUUCUUCUCGGACGCCAUCAACCUCACAGUGUCGAAUCGUGGACAGAUCAACACCUGGCGAAAGUCUCGUCGUGCUAUGGCCUAUUCGACUGUGGGAACUCCAGAUUAUAUUGCUCCAGAAAUCUUCAAUGGACAAGGUUAUACCUACCUGUGCGAUUGGUGGUCCGUCGGAGCAAUCAUGUUUGAGUGUCUUGUCGGCUGGCCUCCUUUCUGUGCCGAAGAUACCACGGAUACAUACCGCAAGAUUGUGAACUGGAGAGAAUGUUUAUAUUUCCCAGACGAGCUUGUUUUGUCACGAGAGUCCGAGGGCUUGAUCCGAAGCUUCCUAUGCGAUGCUGAGCAUCGUAUUGGUAACGAAGGUGGCCAACACGGUGGUGCUUCACAAAUCAAGAACCACACCUUUUUCCGCGGUGUGGUCUGGGACCAACUGCGCAACAUUCGUGCUCCAUUCGAGCCCAGACUCAGCUCUAAUAUCGAUGUGUCAUACUUCCCCAUUGACGAGAUUCCUCAGGAAGAUACGAGCGCGGCGCACAGAGCACAGGUCCGCGCAAUGCCUGAAGAACAGGAGGCCGAAAUGAGUCUUCCCUUCAUCGGCUACACCUAUAAAGCCUUCAAUGCGUUCCAGGCGAACUAA